AUGAUCAAAGAGUUGGGAGAAGGGCUGAGCAAGAAAAUAGAAGAAAGCGCAAGGAACCAGGGAAGAGAAAUGAGGGAAGGGAUAGCGGGAGUGAAAAAGGAAAUAGAAAAGGAAAUAGGUAAUCUAAAGGAAGAAAUCAAAAAGAGAGAGGAUAAGUGGAUGGUACAGAGGAGGGAGCUAGAAGAGAAAGUGGAAGGGCUCAGAAAAAAGGUGGAAGAGUUAGAAAGAGAGGAAAAAGAGAAUGACAAAUGGAGUAAACUAGAGGAGAAAAUUCAAAAAAUGGAACGGGGAACAAAGGAGGAAAGGAGGGCAGGGAAAGAGGAAGAUACAAUAAUGGAAAAAUUGAGAGAAUUAGAGGGCAGGUGGGAACGGAAGGAAAAAGAAGAAAAAAGAAAAAAUAUAAUAAUUAAAGGGGUGAGAGUAAAAAGGGAGGAGAUGAGGGAGAAAACAGAGGAGAUAAUGAAAGCAAUUGGGGUACAGGACGCGGUGCAGGAGGUGAAAGCAGCAGGAUUUGGGGAAGGGGGAAAAGAGGUAAACAUGGUUCAAAUAAAAUUGAAGACAGUAGAGCAGAAAAGAAGCGUGAUGAUGAAAAAGAAAGCACUGAAAGGCAGGGAGGAGAGAAUAGAAGAGGACUUAACAUGGAAAGAAAGGAGGAUACAAUGGAAGCUAAGAAGGAUAGCAAAGGUGGAAAGAGAAAAAGGAAAGAAUGUAUGGGUGGAUUAUGGAAGAAUCAGAAUAGAAGGGAAAUGGUGGAGGUGGGAGGAGGGUAGUGAAUGUCUGAAGGACGGACAAGGAAGAGAAUGGUAUGAAACGCAGAGGGGGUCGAGCAACGUGGGGGAAGAAAUGUGA